UUUAUCAAACGAAACAAGGACAUAAUUGUUUUCAACUUCCAGUGUUAGCAUUAAAACUCAGAGUAUUACUGAGUAAACAAGUCGAAUUACAAAGAAAAAUCAUGUUGUGUAUCAUUCUUGUUUUGUUAGAUAUACUUUCCAGCGUUAACGGAAAGCGUUCGAGUGCAUAUGGAAAGCAAAGCAUGACCAUUUCAAACAAGCUACAACGAUUCAAUAUAUCGUGUACAGAUGGGCUCAUUAUGCUAACACGUAUAUAUAGGCUUCGAGAAGUCGGUAGCGGCCCACAUGAAAAUUCCUCAAUGUGUUUGAACCAACAGUACGAUGUUUGCAUCAACAAUUCCGACGAUCAGGUUGAUAGAUACAGGAAGUUCAUACUUGCAAGAUGUUCCUUUUAUCCAUCGUGUUCAUUGAUGCCGAUCGGGCUUUAUACAUUCAACAUCCGCAUAACAUACAUAUGUGUACCAGAACAAAGAGUAAUAGACAUUUGUGGUGGCUUAUCAACGGGUCUGAACAUCGGUGAUCAACGACAUCUGGUUCUGCUGAACACGGCGCCAUCUGGAGCAUGCGUCUGUACAAUCAACGGCUCCGCUGAAGUUGUACUGCGUGACUUUUUUACAAUAAAAAAUCUAUCCAAUGCGCCUUAUGAUCAGUCCGAUAGUAAACUAUGGUUGGGUAAAGCACUCUUCGACAGCAGAUAUAAUUCCAGCAUCGUUCAUGGCGAUUUUUCUUUCAUGAAUGUCUUCGGUAUCAUCUUCAGUUUCAAUAACAUCAUCCAGCGUCUUUGGUUGAGAGUCACCGCCAAAGAUAACGGAACUUACAUCAGGUGCGCAGACUUGACCACGAACAUGACAACCAACUCUAUGUCAACAGGGAUUACAACUGCAAUUACUUCAUACCCUACACAUACUAAAACAACCGUCAACGAGCACAAUCCCGCUAUGAAUGCAGUCACUAUUCAACAAGAUUUACAAAGAACUAAAUACCCACCAAUGUCCCCGGUGACUUCGUCUGAACCUUUCUCAUCAAACAGUCGCAAUACAACAACUCUUGGUACUUUUUUAUUGGGAACACCCAAUACAAGCACAUCCCUAAUAAAGUACGUCGCGUCUGGUUCUGUCGUAGUCGUUGUUGUGGUGGUUGUCUUCGGUUGUAUACUAAUCGUCAAACAUAGGAGACAGAACUAUCAAAGACGGACAAAUUUGUUCGAAAACAAACCUAAAUCAGAAAGACGACUAACUUUAACUAUUAGCUCAUUUCGCAACGAAAACUUUGCAAAAGAUGGUAGGGUCGACAAUGACUAUGACUGUCAGACCGUUGACCACGUCCCUCGCAUCACCAGGGGAAGAGUUGAGUACGCCGUGUCAAUGCCACCAGAGAUUUACCACUACUCAAAGCCUGAUUCGAAAUCAAUGUCUAGCAAACAAUAUGCCAACUCCUUAGACAACACACAUGCGAAUGACGAAGAUGGUAUUUGUAACUCUCAUUUAAGGUUGCGUCCGAUAUUCAGAGAAAGUACAGACUUUUGCACUGGUAUCAAUGAUACUGAAAGAGCUAUCCGUGUUGCGCUUGAUGACGCUUACGAAACCCUUGAAAGAGACACUUUAUCCACAGUACACGUAUACAAUCAUAUGAUGUUUGGACGAAAGCAAACGGAGGUCAACAACGACAGUGGGGUGUUGUGUUCCGAUGAGUACUCACACAUUUCGGCGAAUGAUGUCGUAAAUAUUCAGGCCGACAGAUCUAGAGGACAGCCUUCAGACGCUUAUUGUUAUAUCGGCUUAAUUAAUGGUAACGAUCGAAAGCACUUGUCAAGUGAUGAUUACGAUCAUCUUGUUAUGUGACACAGGACUCCAAGAACAACCAACAUGGUAAAACGUUCACGGGUGUAAUUACAACAAUUGAUUGUAAUAGCACGUGAAAAUGUUCCAAAGCUUAACAAUUAAGAACAGAACUUUACGCUGACCUGUAAGCGAGGAGGUUGUUUUUUUUCUUUCACUAUGAACUGCGCUUUUUUAUCUUUCGAAAGUGCAUACCGGUAAAUGUCGAUAAGGUGAUAGUGGACCACAGUCGUGGGUUUGUGCUCAAACAAUAACGUUCAUAAAUACGUGUUUCAUUUCAUUUCAAGUGCUGCAGUGGAAAUAAAGUUUGUUAGGUCCCGGAGUCGAUUCCCAUUUAUUUCUUUAUUUAUUUUUAUUUAUCAAUAAAAUUAUUUAUUUUAAACACACCAAGUACUGGGUCUGUCCAGGAAAAAGACGCAUGAGUACUUUUUAAAUGCUUUUAAUGCAUUAAUCUGUUUGUAAAUACAUCGUUCUUUACUAUUUCUAUUACUAUUAAUAAAUGUUUUGUACACCAUGAUUGUAACGUGACUCAUUUGUGUGUGAUGAGUAAAUGUUUCACGUAACAAUUAAUAUAAUUUUACUUGAGUAUGAUG